UGAAAAACUGGCCAGUUAAUCAUAUGGAGAUGGAUGCCACGCUGGCCGAGGCUAAGCAGCCAGACAACAGCAGCAACAGCAGCAACAACAGCAACAAGAGCAGCAACAGCAGCAGCUGUGACGAUGUGCAACAAACAACAACAACUUCAACUUUAGCUGAAGUUGAGGACAGGGAAAGCAUUGACAGGCAGGCAUAUAAAGCAACGGAUCCGGAUGCAGACCCGGAUGUAGAUGUAGAUGUGGAUGUGGAUGUGGAAGAUGAAGCACAACCAUUAAGCGAACGUUGGUCGCCAUUGGGCGCCAAUUAUGAUGAUGCCAAUAGCGCCAGCUCGGAGCUAUUGGCUGGAGGGGAUUGUGGUGAGCUGGAGCCCACAUUGCUGGGCCUGGAGAAGCUGGAAUUGCAGCAGGCAACGUCAACAGCUGUUGCAGACAAUGCCAACGAAUUGGCGCGGCUGCGCAGCAUUGAAGAUGAGCAGGAGCUGCUCACCAGCUCCCUGUUGGCAUUGACCUCGCAGUUUGCCCACGUCCAGCUGCGCGUGCGUCAGAUUGUGGAGGCGCCCACAGAUGAGCGAGAUCAGCUGCUGCGGGAUCUGGAGGAUUUCGCCUUUCAAGGCAUACCGGAGGUGGUGCAGCCCCUAACCGAAGAUCUGGAGAAUGAUGAUGCUGAAGAUAAUGGUGGUGAUGAGUUGACAGCACCACGCAAUGGUCAGCUGAUCAAGCAGCUCAAGUCGCAGCUGACGGAACUGGAAAAUCUGGCCUAUGAGUCGGGUGAGCCAGGUGUGCUGCCCCAGCAUGUGCUGCUCGAGAAGCAAAAGUUCAUCUUGGAUGAGUUGCGCACCAAGCUCAAUCUGCAGGUGGAACAGCAUCAGUUGCCCGGUCUCAGCACCGAGCAACUGCGUCAUCAGGUGGACAAUGCAAUUGGCGAAUUUGUUGGUCCACUCAAGAUGAAGGAGCAGCUCGUUGCCCAACUCAAGACGCAAAUUACCGAUCUGGAACGCUUCAUUGCCUUUCUGCAAUGCGACACCGCUGGCGGUGCUGGUGGCCCUGGCACCACAAACACCAGCGACAAGCUCAAGCUACUCAGCGGCGCCUACAACAGCUAUGCGGCCAAACAGACAGCUCGACAGACGCCCGCACAGCUGCCACUCAAAGCAGCCACAACAGCAACAACAACAAACAGUCAGAUGACUGCCACAUCGACUGACUCGACGGAGCACGGACCACGACAGGAGAGUCUGCACAGCAAGGCGCAUGGAUUGCUGGACAAGGCAUCGCUGCUCAUGCAGAUGUUUGCCACCACGCACUUUGCCAAGCGACAGGAGGACUUUCAACAUAACUCGUUGAAGAAGACGCACAAGGGCAACCACUGGGGCGAUCUGCGCGCCCAGCUGGAGGUGGACAUCCAGGAGGUGGCCGCCUUGGCCGCCACUCUGAGCUGCGAUCGCGAGAAGCUGGCAAACAUCAAGCGGGCAUUGCGGCAGCAGAGGCAGGCGCAGCAUCCAAGUGGUUCCUUGAAUGCACAGAAUGGAGCCUUGACCACAUUGCCGCCUCGUUGCAGACGCGCCGCCGCCGCUGCCGUUGCCGCCGCCGUUGCCGGGCACGAGCUGACGCCUUAUGCCGCAGGUGGAGCGACAGCAUCCUCCGACUCGGACGAGGAUAUGUAUGAGCACUAUGAUUGGGACAAGGACAAAUCGUUGAGUCGUCGCAUUGUCCAUAUGCGCGGCGAUUCCAUAGCUACCAUUGGACGCGAGCUGACGAGCGUUGUGCGCAAGAAUUUCGCACGCACCCUGCAACAGUUGAUCCAACAUGGUCUGCGCAUACCCGCCGAGUCGGCGGCAUCCAGUUUGAUGGUGCCCUUCAUGCGCUGCCUGCAGCCGAGUGCACAGCGCGUCUCGGCAUCGGGUGGCGGCGUGUCCAACGAGAUGCAGUUCCUCGGCAUCGGACGGGCCAUGCAUGCCUGGGAGCUUAUCAUUGAAUAUUAUAAUCUGAAGAAUGGCGAGGAAUAUAACAAUACGCCGGCACGAAAGCUAUCGCAGAGCUUUCAGUUGGACAUCGUGGAUGCACAUGCGGUGACGGCUAAGCAGAGUCUGCUCAGUGCCAUUGGCAUGAUUCUGGCCAUGCACAGGCCCUACAAGCGCAGCUACAACGCCCACUUCAAGGCACUUAUCUGUGCGGGACUCAAUGCACAUCUGCUCGUGGAGUGGCUCAAUCUUAUACUCAGCUGCAAUGAGCUAAUUGAUACAUAUUAUACGUCCAAUAGCUAUGUGGCAAGCACGGGAUUUCGCGACUCGUUGCGUUCCAUUGAUGCGCUAUCCAAGUUCGACUUCGAUCUGCCCGUCGAUUUGGCCAUUCGACACUUUCGAAAUAUCUAAAGCAUAUGAUUAUUUAUGUGAAUCCUCCUUAAACCGUAAACCUUAAUCCGUAAUCCUUAAAUGAAGAAACAAACAAGCUAGUCCAAAUCAUAAUACUUAAUGUAUAAAUAUGUGUAUAUAACUUUAGAUAUGUCCAAUUAACUAAUACCUACUAAAUGCAAUUGCUAAACCUAA